GUCUGUUGUCCCCCUCUUGGUCUUUAACGAGGCGCGAGCGGCGCUGGUCCUCUCAGCAGCAGCAGCAGCAGCAGCAGAAGAGCAGCAGUAUGGCAGCCAACACGUACGACGUGAUUGUGAUCGGCGGAGGCAUCUCAGGGCUGAGUGCAGCCAAGCUGUUAUUAGAGAGUGGCUUAAACCCUGUGGUGCUAGAAGCCAGAGACCGGGUUGGUGGAAGAACCUACACCGUUCAAAAUAAACAGACCAAAUGGGUGGACCUGGGUGGUGCUUAUGUUGGACCCACUCAAAACCGAAUCUUUCGGUUGGCCAAGCAGUACGGGGUCAAAACCUACAAGGUGAAUGAAGAGGAGUCCCUGGUUCACUAUGUGAAGGGAAAAUCUUAUCCAUUCAAGGGGCCUUUCCCCCCAGUGUGGAACCCUCUCGCACUGAUGGACUACAACAACCUCUGGAGGACUAUGGACAAUAUGGGCAGGGAGAUCCCGAAUGAAGCUCCAUGGAGGGCCCCACAUGCUGAAGAGUGGGAUAAGAUGACCAUGCAGGAGUUCUUUGACAAGGUUUGCUGGACUAGUGCUGCUCGACGUUUUGCCACACUAUUUGUCAACGUUAACGUGACAUCAGAACCUCAUGAAGUGUCUGCACUAUGGUUCCUCUGGUAUGUCAAGCAGUGUGGAGGCACUAUGAGGAUCUUCUCCACCACCAACGGAGGCCAGGAGCGUAAGUUUGUUGGAGGCUCCAGUCAGAUUAGUGAGUGCAUGGCCAGAGAGCUGGGAGACCGAGUAAAACUGCAGAGUGCUGUCUGCAGCAUUGACCAGACUGGAGACAUGGUGGUGGUCAAAACCGUCAGUGAAGAGACCUACAAGGCCAAAUAUGUGAUCGUUGCCAUACCACCAGGACUGAACCUGAAGAUUCACUUCAACCCUGAACUUCCCCCACUAAGAAAUCAGCUGAUCCACAGAGUACCCAUGGGCUCAGUCAUUAAAUGCAUGGUCUACUACAGGGAGAACUUCUGGAGGAAGAAGGGUUACUGUGGAAGCAUGGUGAUUGAGGAGGAGGAGGCACCUAUCGGCCUGACUCUGGAUGAUACUAAGCCUGAUGGCACAGUGCCUGCAAUUAUGGGUUUCAUCCUUGCACGCAAAAGCAGGAAGCUGGCUGGACUCACCAAGGAGGAAAGAAAGAAGAGGAUCUGUGAGAUCUAUGCACGUGUCCUAGGCUCAGAAGAAGCUUUGCAUCCUAUACAUUAUGAGGAGAAGAACUGGUGUGAGGAGGAGUACUCUGGUGGCUGCUACACAGCCUACUUCCCCCCUGGCAUCCUCACACAGUUUGGCAAAGUUCUGAGGGAGCCUGUGGGCAGGCUGUACUUUGCAGGCACCGAGACGGCAACAGAGUGGAGUGGCUACAUGGAGGGAGCUGUGCAGGCUGGAGAGAGAGCUUCCAGAGAGAUUUUGUGUGCAAUGGGGAAACUCCAUUCAAGUCAGAUCUGGCAACCAGAGCCUGAGUCAGUGGAUAUCCCUGCUUUGCCGUUUGUAACCACUUUCUGGGAAAGAAACUUGCCAUCCGUCGGGGGAUUUGUCAAGUUCAUGGGCAUGUCCUCUUUCCUGACGGUUGCCACGGUAGUUGGUGUUGUGGCCUAUAAGAAGGGACUCCUCCCACGAAGCUAGAGCUCCUCCCUUGUUACAGCCAAUGUCACGGACCUUGGUUAAGACUGCAUUUUCCAGUCAGUCACCUUUCCGAGGUUGUGGUACAGACUGGGCAUGAGCUCAAGUCUUUGACAUGAGGUUUUAAACUCAGUCAUGCUCUUAUCACUCAAUCAUAUCUUAAUGAAGAAUUCUCAGAAAAAUGAUUCCAUAGUAAGUAUUGAUGUUUUAAUUGGAAACUACCCUUUUCAAAGAACACACUAUAGCCAAUGAUUAGAGCCUAUUUUACGUAGUAAAAGUAGUUCGUCAAGACUUUCCAAGGUCACAGUGACCAACAACAUUCCAUUGCUGUCUGUUGCCAAUGUCUUUUUAAAAACAUAUGUCCCGGUAAAGGCACUACACGUAUGCUCCUGUGUGAGUCAUUAUCCAGUUGAAUGGAUUACCUCUGCUGAUUUUAGGUGCUGCUCUAAGGAACAUGAACUACAAAGAUAAAUCAUUAUCUGAACAUUUCAUCUUUCAAUACAUACUAUGACAGUACGAAAAGGCACACAUAUUUACACUCUGAAACAUGACACAACAAUUCCCCCCUUUCCAUAAAGAUAGCAGCAUGCAUUCAUAUCUCUUAUGUUCUAACCUACAGUGCUAUGGCAAUGUUAUACAAGCAUUGUGAUAGGUUGACCUCAGCAAGGCCGUAGACGGCCUGCUCCAUGAUUUAGAUAGAUUUAUGCUCAUAGGAUGGUCCUGUGGUUGAAAAAAGCUAAAGAAAGCCCAGAAAUAUUGAAACGUCCUGAAGCUGCUGUGCACGAUUGUGGCUUGUGUGUUCUGAUCUUACGAAAUCUUAAGCAAGCAUUUGAAUGUAUUUUAUUUCAAAUGAGAAAUUCUUAUUAUUUGUUUGUUUGUAGUAAGAAGUAAGCAUAUAUUUUAUACACUUUUUGUUUUGGUUUUUGUUGAUUUUUUUAUCUUGAGUUUUUGUGACAUUGGACAUGCAUUACUAUCACCAUUCCUUCUUCAACCAGAACCAGUUGUGUUAGUGUCAAAUUCCAAGUGUUUUUAUUUAUAAAUAUUCAUAUCGGUUACCAUUUAAAACCAUAUAGAGAGCUGAAAUUAUCAUCUGAAGUUUCUGUUGAUGAAUAAUGCACCUAUAUUUACACCUCGAAGUAAGGUCUUAUCAUUUAACUUCAUGUCGUUUUUUUUUUUAUUUGACAUUUGUACCUUUCAUACUCAUGACUGCACAUGCACGUUAAAAACCAUUCAGCAACCCAUCGUGUAUGAAAGUUUUUCUUGAUUUUUAGAGGCGAAUUCCUUGCCUUGUAACUCGCUUGCUUGUUCAUUUUUAGCAGGCUGCAGAUUCUCCACAAGGGGCUAUUAGCACCUAAACAGCUGUUGGUGCUUUGCAUCAAAGACAUGGGGUGUCCUUGUUUUCCAGAUGCUUUACUUGCACAGUAUAGCAAACGAAACCUUGAUUUCAAAGGAUUAAACUAAUACUUCAUGUUGUAGCCAAAGGCAGAAGGUAGUUUAUAUUAUGAUCCAAGUGUCAUUAGAGAUAACUGUAGGUCUUUUUUCAACUCAUUGAUUAUUGACAUGCUAUACUAAGCCAAUGGAAUUGAACUUUUUCUGCAGAAGAAAUGAUUCUUAAUGUAAGUAAAUGAAACAAGUGAUAGAUUCUUUAAAAAAAGGCAUGAGAAGAAGGAAGAAUAGAAAAUAACACAUUGUAUGUGUAAGCCCAGUCGUAUGUGGAAUGUGUUGUUGUUCCAAAGAUAUGUUGUGAGUGUUGUCUGUGGUGCCUUAAUAAUUUUGUAGUGUUCCUCAUUUCUCAAGUGCCUCUGUGGUUGUCCUGUCUAGCACACAGCUACUGGAUCAGUCUCUGGCUAUUUUUGUACUUGGACUUGCCGCAUUCUGCUCAAAGUGAAUAAUCGGUUUCGGGAGACAGAACCACGAUUGCAGGUCACAUAUAGGAUGUCAUACCAAGCAUCAAACAGCUCAUAAAAAGCAUAUCCACUGUCAUUUUGAUCCAAAGGCAUGUCUCCCGCACCUAAAGUAGUCACUGACACCAGAGAUGAUGGAUUUGAACCAGAGUAAGCCAAGCCUGACUGUUGACUGUAACAUUCUAUCAGAAAGCUUACCUGUGGGAAGCUUUACUAACAUAAAAUACCUUUUUUUUAAUCUGUUGGACUGUGAACUUAGUAACACUGCAGUGACUCUGUCAGUGCUGUCCUAAUGUCCUAAUAUAGUGCUUGAUGUUACUCCUUAGCCUGGUGAGUCAUAAGUGUCUGUGCAGUAGUGAUGCUUAGCACUAAACCUUAGUGCAACCCCUGUGCUCUGUCCUGAUCUUAGUUCACGCCUGUUCCUGUUUGCACUAGUCUCUCCAGCUGUGGUGCUACUGCAAGGCCUCCUUCUCUGUCACAGUGUGUGUGCGUGGACGGUCCAGUGUUCUAGUCUUGUAAUUGCGUUACUUGAUCUCUUUGUACAAAUACAACACAGUCGGUAAUAAAAAUGUGAAAUUUACCUCCAA